AUGGAGAAAAAAAGGAAUCGCAAGCCGAACUGGACUGAGGAGCAAGGUUUGUUGCUGGCCCAGUUGGUGAACGAACAUAAAGGUAUGUUACGAGGAAAAUUUGGCCCAACUGUCACUAGCCAAGGCAAGAGGCGCGCCUGGGACACAAUAUCCCAAACAAUCAAUGCCUCUUUUCCACUGGUGGUGCGGACAGGCGACGAUUGUGAGAAAAGGUGGUAUGUGCUGCAGUCCAAGGCAAAAGAUGAGAUUGCAGCACACAAGCGGGAAUCCUCACUCACAGGUGAGCAAAAUACUAUGGCCUACCACAUAAUCUGGCAAUUUGCUCCUGCUGGCAAAGUUAAUUUACAUGCCUAAGUACUGUGUUCAUUGACUGUUUCUUUCUAGGGGGUGGACCACCUGCAAAGCGGCUGUCCCAGGUGGCCGACACUGUCUUUCAAGUCCUGGGACACUCUGAGGUCAGUGUCACCGGGCUGCCAACAGGCAUUGACACGUCAAUGAUGCAGGCCCUUGAAAUGCAGCAAAGGUAGGACACAGGGUUAUUCAUAUCAACAGUGUUUAUUCAUUGCAGAAGCCAUUUCAUGUGUUAUCCAUGCUCAUUGUAUUAAAUUAAUUUAAUCAAAACAAUAAUUAAACUAGGCCUAUGUAUUUCUGUAGCAUGGAGCCAUCACAAGAACCGGGCCCAUCAAGUUUGCCGCCUGAACCAUCUGCAGCUGCUACUCAGGAUAGCCCGGCGGAUCAAACACCAUUCCCAUCCGCAGCACCUGCUCCGUCAGCAUCCCUGCAGGAGAGAAGAUUGCAACUCACAAUUGAUGUGUUUGAACAACAAAAAAAAGUCCUUUCCCUUCAGGAGGAGUACUACCGCCUUAAAAUUGAACACCUAAAAAAUAAACCAUUUAGAGAUUGUGUUCUGUGUCUUGCAUUUAACAGUUGCAGGUGAUGUGCAGUAAAACUGUGGUAGUUCUUAAUACCAUCACAAGUUCUCAAAUGACAUGGGGCUACAGCUUGCCUGAAAUGUAAAUUUGUGAAGUUUGCCCUGUAAGGCAGUCCACUCUGGGCUAGGUUCCCCUGUGGAAUGUGAAUAUCUUCUUCACCACCAUCCUCAUCGUUGUCUCCAUCCUCAUCCUCAUCGCCAUCCUCCAGAGGUUCUGCAAUCUGUCUAACCUUGCAAAUAUUGUGUAAUAUUGCACAGGCUAUGAUGAGUUUGCUGACUUUUUCAGGCCUCAGCCGCACCUCUCCGUGGAGAACAUGAAAGCGCCUCUUAAACUGGCCUAUGCCACGCUCCACCACCGCUCUUGUUGUCUUGUGGGCCCUACAAUAGAAUACAGACCUUUAAUUAUUUGAUGGAAAUAUUGCACUACUUGGAUGCUCUAACAUAUUGCUUGCAUUUCAUUUCCAUGAUUUUUGUAUUGUUUGGCUUACCUGUUAUAGUUUAGUUGGGGCCCUUGGCGUGGCUGGAGGUAAGGUGUAAGGAGCCAUGGUUUGCAUGGGUAGCCACUGUCCCCUAACAAGUGGCAAUUAGCUGGCACAUAGCGUCUCUCAAAAAGCUGUCUGAUGCCACUCUCGGAGAGCAUUCUCGCAUCAUGUGUGGAGCCUGGCCAUUUAGCCACAAUGUCCAAAAUCUUCCAGGCCGCAUUGAACACUAUUUGCACAUUGAUGCUGUGGAAAUUCUUCCUGUUAACAAAGACAGCCUCGUCCUCUGAUGGCGCAAUUAUUCUCACAUGUGUUCCAUCAAUUACACCCACAACGCCAGGGAAUCCUGCAAUGUCCAUAAAUGCCCUUUUAUGUGUGUGUAAAGUGCGGGCAUCCAGCGGGAAUGAAACAAAUUGUGUCACAAUAUUAGGUUGUGACAAAGCUGUCAGUGUUUGGGUGAUGACUCUGCUGACGGAGGAUUGGGACAGACCCAAGUCAUCACUGCUGCAUUGUUGCAUUUUCCCUGUUGCCAAAUACCUCAGGGUUGUGAUUACUUUCUUCUCCGGUGUAAUAGCGUUGUGGCGUCGAGUUGGUGAAGUAAUUGCAUCUCUAAGGAGAUCCACCACAAACAUGAUUCCUGCACGAUCCAAUCUGUAGCGUCUCAAUAAUUCCCUGUCAUCCAGUGUUUGCAGGACAUCUCUCCUGCCUCCUCUGUUGGCCAUUUUGUGCAGCUGCUUAGGGUAACUCCUAAGCCACUAAAAGUCCUCUUCCCUGCUCUUAGCAGAUCUCGCCUUAGGAGCCCUUUUAAGCGCUAGGACUCUUGAGGAAUAGCUUUUAUAUUAACUGGGAUUUUCGUGUCACUUUUAGGGGAAAUUCUAAGAAAACGUCAUGCCUCUGAGAAUUUUCUUAGAAUUUGGCCGCUAGGAGCCACUUUUUGCACAAAAAUUCUUUAGAGAUACGGGCCCAGGUCAUCUGAUGCAGCACCCCAUCACUCUCCUUGGUCAAAUAGCCCUUACACAGCCUGGAGGUGUGUUUUGGGUCAUUGUCCUGUUGAAAAACAAAUUAUAUUCCCACUAAGCGCAAACCAGAUGGGAUGGCGUAUCGCUGCAGAAUGCUGUGGUAGCCAUGCUGGUUAAGUGUGCCUUGAAUUCUAGAUAAAUCACUGACAGUGUCAUCAGCAAAGCACCAUCACACCUCCUCCUCCAUGCUUCACGGUGGGAACCACACAUGCAAAGAUCAUCCGUUCACCUACUCUGCGUCUCACAACGACACGGCGGUGGGAACCAAAAAUCUCAAAUUUGGACUCAUCAGACCAAAGGACACAUUUCCACUGGUCUAAUGUCCAUUGCUCAUGUUUCUUGGCCCAAGCAAGUCUCUUCUUCUUAUUGGUGUCCUUUAGUAGUGGUUUCUUUGCAGCAAUUCAACCAUGAAGGCCUGAUUCACGCAGUCUCCUCUCCUCUGAACAGUUGAUGUUGAGAUGUGUCUGUUACUUGAAUUUAUUUGGGCUGCAAUCUGAGGUGCAGUUAACUCGAACUACCAUAUCCUCUGCAGCAGAGGUAACUCUGGGUCUUCCUUUCCUGUGGUGGUCCUCAUGAGAGCCAGUUUCAUCAUACCGCUUGAUGGUUUUUACGACUGCACUUGAAGAAAUUUCAAAGUUCUUUAACUUUUCCAGAUUGACUGACCUUCAUGUCUUAAAGUAAUGAUGGACUGUCGUUUCUCUUUGCUUAUUUGAGCUGUUCUUGCCAUAAUAUGGACUUGGUCUUUUACCAAAUAGGGCUAUCUUCUGUAUAGCCCCCCUACCUUGUCACAACACAACUGAUUGGCUCAAACGCAUUAAGAAGGAAAGAAAUUCCACAAAUUAACUUUUAACAAGGCACACCUGUUAAUUGAAAUGCAUUCCAUGAAGCUGGUUGAGAGAAUGCCAAGAGUGUUCAAAGCUGUCAUCAAGGCAUCAAGGGUGGCUACUUUGAAGAAUCUCAAAUAUAAAAUAUAUUUUGAUUUGUUUAACACUUUUUUUGGUUACAACAUGAUUCUAUAUGUGUUAUUUCAUAGUUUUGAUGUCUUCACUAUUAUUCUACAAUGUAGAAAAUAGUAAAGAUAAAGAAAAAGCCUUGAAUGAGUAGGUGUGUCCAAACUUUUGACUGAGGGAAAAAAGUAUUUGAUCCCCUGCUGAUUUUGUACGUUUGCCCACUGACAAAUAAAUUAUCAGUCUAUAAUUGUAAUGGUAGGUUUAUUUGAACAGUGAGAGACAGAAUAACAACAAAAAAAUCCAGAAAAACGCAUGUCAAAAAUGUUAUAAAUUGAUUUGCAUUUUAAUGAGGGAAAUAAGUAUUUGACCCCCUCUCAAUCAGAAAUAUUUCUGGCUCCCAGGUGUCUUUUAUACAGGUAAUGAGCUGAGAUUAGGAGCACACUCUUAAAGGGAGUGCUCCUAAUCUCAGCUUGUUACCUGUAUAAAAGACACCUGUCCACAGAAGCAAUCGAUCAAUCAGAUUCCAAACUCUCCACCAUGGCCAAGACCAAAGAGCUCUCCAAGGAUGUCAGGGACAAGAUUGUAGACCUACACAAGGCUGGAAUGGGCUACAAGACCAUCGCCAAGCAGCUUGGUGAGAAGGUGACAACAGUUGGUGCGAUUAUUCGCAAAUGGAAGAAACACAAAAUAACUGUCAAUCUCCCUCGGCCUGGGGCUCCAUGCAAGAUCUCACCUUGUGGAGUUGCAAUGAUCAUGAGAAUGGUGAGGAAUCAGCCCAGAACUACACGGGAGGAUCUUGUCAAUGAUCUCAAGGCAGCUGGGACCAUAGUCACCAAGAAAACAAUUGGUAACACACUGCGCCGUGAAGGACUGAAAUCCUGCAGCGCCUGCAAGGUCCCCCUGCUCAAGAAAGCACAUAUACAGGCCCGUCUGAAGUUUGCCAAUGAACAUCUGAAUGAUUCAGAGGAGAACUGGGUGAAAGUGUUGUGGUCAGAUGAGACCAAAAUCGAGCUCUUUGGCAUCAACUCAACUCGCCGUGUUUGGAGGAGGGGGAAUGUUGCCUAUGACCCCAAGAACACCAUCCCCACCGUCAAACAUGGAGGUGGAAACAUUAUGCUUUGGGGGUGUUUUUCUGCUAAGGGGACAGGACAACUUCACCGCAUCAAAGGGACGAUGGAUGGGGCCAUGUACCGUCAAAUCUUGGGUGAGAACCUCCUUCCCUCAGCCAGGGCAUUGAAAAUGGGUCGUGGAUGGGUAUUCCAGCAUGACAAUGACCCAAAACACACGGCCAAGGCAACAAAGGAGUGGCUCAAGAAGAAGCACAUUAAGGUCCUGGAGUGGCCUAGCCAGUCUCCAGACCUUAAUCCCAUAGAAAAUCUGUGGAGGGAGCUGAAGGUUCGAGUUGCCAAACGUCAGCCUCGAAACCUUAAUGACUUGGAGAAGAUCUGCAAAGAGUAGUGGGACAAAAUCCCUUCCGAGAUGUGUGCAAACCUGGUGGCCAACUACAAGAAACGUCUGACCUCUGUGAUUGCCAACAAGGGUUUUGCCACCAAGUACUAAGUAAUGUUUUGCAGAAGGGUCAAAUACUUAUUUCCCUCAUUAAAAUGCAAAUCAAUUUAUAACAUUUUUGACAUGGACUUUUCUGGAUUUUUUUGUUGUUAUUUUGUCUCUCACUGUUCAAAUAAACCUACCAUUAAAAUUAUAGACUGAUCAUGUCUUUGCCAGUGGGUAAACGUACAAAAUCAGCAAGGGAUCAAAUACUUUUUCCCUCACUGUAUAUAUAUAUCCAAAAAGGUAGAAGUUUGUGAUGCUAUUUAACCCCAAACAAUGUCCAUAUAUAAUCCUCAAAAGGGGGGAAGCAUAUACAUAAAAACAGAUUAAUUAUAUGCUUAUAAGCAUCAUUCUGACGAUUAUGCAUGUUUAAGAUGUAACACAUCAUCUAAUAGGUCGAAGAUUAGGAUUUAUUGACUAAUCUCAUUAUUUUAUCUAGAGUGGUUCAUUUGAACACUCAUACCCAUUGUGAUUGAUGGGUUUCCUUUGAAUGUAUUUUGAGGUGAGCUGAAUUGGGCCCUGAGUGCUUUUGCUAUGAAAAAUGACUUGGGGUUGCGUCCCAAUGCACCCUAUUCCCUAUGUAGUGCACCUUUUUUGACCAGAGCCCUAUGGGGUCAAAGGUAGUGCACUAUAUAGGGAAUAGGGUGCACCCUUGAAUUGAAUAGCAGGUUGUAGCUGUGAUGUAAUUUUAGUUGUCGUGUAAUAAAUUGUGUGAUGACCUCACCCUUGCUGUAAUUCUCUCUCUAUGCCCCCAUCCUGGCUCUUUUACGCACACACACACCUAUAAUAACAUACACACAAUGCAAUGAUACACUUCAAUCACAUAUGGUAUGGCAUAUCUUGUAUAGAAUCUUGUAUCUUGUAUCUUGCACACACACACACUUUGUGAGGACUUUUUGGGGACCAACUAUUGAUUCCCAUUCAAAAUCCUAUUUUCCCUAACCACUAACUCUAAACGUAAUCCCAAACCCUAAAUGUAAACCUAACCCCAACCCUAAACCUAAUUCUAACUGUAAACCCUAAACCUAAAAUACCCUUUUUGCAAGUAAGGACAAGCACAAUGUCCUCACUUCUCUGAAUUUUUGUUGGUUUACUAUUCUUGUGAGGACUUCUGGUACUUACAAGCAGUGGCGGCUGGCCGAUAGAGGGCGCUAGGGCGCCGCCCCCUUAAAUAAAAUUAUUUAAAAAAAUAAAAUAAAAAAUAAAUAAAAAUAAUAAUAAUAAUAAUAAAAACAUCAGUAUGUCAAUAUUUGUGUGUUUGAAAUAUGGAAUGCACACAGUAAUAUGUGUAAGAUAUGAUAGAAAAUCAUAUUCGCAAUCGCAACCUUUCCUCUGCCUGUCAAACGCCUCGUCAGCUCUGGGCGAUACAGAAAGUGCCCCGAGGAGGCGGGUCUACGUAGCAGUUAAGCCAAUUGCUAAUUUAAGAUAUGAAUGUAUGACAUAAAAUGUAGCUAAUCAGCGAUUUUAAUUAGAAUCCAAGGAGGGCGAUUAUUUUAUCGCCCCAAGCUCGCCCCUGAUAAAAUAAGGACCGGGCUCCAGUGGCGCCAUUUUUACUAGACGACAAUGGCGAGCGCAAACGUUACUCCUCCAAGACCCAACCCUAACUCGGUGAAAUCUCUCCUCCAAGAUCCGUUUGAGAGGAGAACUUUGUCAGAGAAAGUUCGGGUGAAAGAGCUGGGCCCAGAUCAACCUGACCUCUCAAUCAGACAGCAGGCUAGCGAGAAAGGGAAGCAGUAUAUGCGCGGCUUCUCCCGUAGCUGGUACACCAGGAAGGCUUGGCUAGCUGGGUGCACUGAUGCUAAUGCUUUAUUUUGCUUUCCGUGCUUGCUUUUUAAAACGACGGGGUCAGAUUCAGCAUGGACAGGUACCGGAGUGAGGGAUAUGAAGCACCUGUCAGAGAAGGUAAAGAAACAUGAGAACACCAGGGCACACAUGGACAACUCUGUAAAGCUAGCUGUAUUAGGAAGGGUGAACAUUGCUACGCAGCUGGAUGACGGCCACAGGAUUGCGGUGAGGAAACACAAUGAGGAGGUGGAUAAAAACAGGCACAUUCUAUCCAAAAUUAUCGAUUGUGUGAAGUUCUGUGGGGCUUUUGAGUUGGCCUUGCGUGGGCACGAGGAGACUGACUCCUCGGACAACCCCGGCAUUUUCCGGGGCUUAGUGGAUUUUGUUGCCUCCCUCGACAGUGUGCUGGAGGAGCACCUGAAGACAGCUACCGUUUUUAAGGGCACGUCAAAGACGAUACAGAACGAGCUGUUGGAAUGUAUGCUGUCAGUGCUUAAGGAUUACAUCCUGGAGGAAGUAAAGAGUGCUGAUUUUAUCGCCAUUCAAGCUGACGAGACGACUGACGUUUCCACCCACUAACGUGUUUCCAGACCAUCAGAGACUCUGGGAACUUUGAUGCCCCGACUGUCAGAGAGGCGGGGGGCUUUGUGAGGAUGCUCGAAGACGAGGCUUUCUGUUUUUUCCUGGCACUGUUCCACAAGAUCAUGCCAAAUGUGGACAUGCUUUUCAGCCAGCUGCAGAAGAGGAACAUCGACCCUGUCUUCAUUAAAGCACUUGUCCAGAGGUUCACAGACAGCAUGCUAACAAUCAGGUAAAUAACUAUAUUUACUAUUGGCUGAUAAAGAUGUUGUUAGAAAGAUGAAUAGUUCACUUACAACAGUUUAAAAGCCUAAAUGUGUCUGGUCAUCAAAGUGAGUGAUUAUCAUAGAGCCGUCACAAUUAUAUUUGUUUUAGUAUUUUAAAAGGAAAGAGAAGACACAAUCAGACGUUGAUAAUAAUGCAGGAAAGUACUACACAGUUUGUAAUAAUUAUUCAGGUGUCCACCAGGUCAAUUUCUAGAAGAGGCCUAGUUGUUAUUGAAGAUUAACUUUAUUGCUAAGUGCACAGCAGAACAAAAUGAUGUUGCAUCCCUCUCACAAAUGUAAUAGAAAAAGGCUUUAAAACGUAAUAACAUCAGUUAAUUAUGUACAUCACAGGUUAAAAGCAGUUACUAGACAUAGUUUGUGUGUAUAUACACACUAUCUGUCUGUCUGUCUGUCUGUCUGUCUGUCUAUAUAUAUAUAUAAAAUUCCUGUACAAAUAAGAUGACAGACACACACACACAGAGCAGCUCUGGCCGCAUGUUUCUUUGUAUAUAGUUGACCUUAGCAUAAAAAAUCCAGUUAUAUAUGGUACUCUAGAAAGUCUUAAUAGUGUCUUUGCUAAUAUUACUGUAUAUAUGUUGUUUUGUAUCAAUUAAUUGUUGCAGUUCUGGAGCACAUUAACAAUUAGUCACAUUUAGUAUGAUCAUAAAAUACUGUAUGCUAUUCUUCCAGUCAAAGGUUUGAGUUCAUCCACUUGAUAUCCAUUUCUAUAUUAUACAUCCUUUUAUACAGUGUAAGAUUUCCUAUAAACUUUAUAAUAAUUUCAUGUUAUUGUCCACUUUCCACUCUGUUCUGACAGCAUGCCUGUUGCGUUGCCUGUUUACUACCAAUGGUGAAAAGUUCACUUUAAAUGCAAAUGAAAGGCUUGGGUUUGUGUAAUAUGUUUUUGUGUAAGAAUGCCUCAACUUUUUAAUAUUGGCAUUAAAUAAUUACUGAAUGUUUCACUGAGCACUGCUGUCCUGCAGUUUGUGUUAAAAUAUAUCGCGAUGGUUACAGGAAAAAAAAAGUAUGGCACAGCCCCACCGAGAAUAUUUUUCACCAGCCGCCACUGCUUACAAGUAUAUUACAACGUGUAUACACACACAUACACACACACGCGCACACACGCACAGGUAGGCUAAAAAAGCUUGCCUUCACCUUGCCCUUUGGGCAACCUAACCAAAUCUUUGACCGAAAUCUCAUUCUGAUUCUGUCUGGCGCUAUUCUAUUCAGAUACUACUGUCCCGGUGGCCCGGUCCUGCCAAAUCGUGUUGCAUCAGGUCGAAGCAAUAAGGAUCAGUACGGUGGGGGAAAACAGGGAGCGCGCGCGCCAACAAAAAAGACGUGACGAGGCAGCCUAUGAGCUGUUACGCAACCACUGACCCACUAACACACAUUCUAGAGGGGAGAGGGAGAGAAACUGGAGCAAGCGCUCAACAUAACAGUCGGGACUCAAAGAAAAAGGGGAGACACGGCUACUAGUACGCUACAACCAGACUGACUAACCUCAGAGCAAGUAAAAGGAGCUAGAGCUGCACCGUAAGGUUUUUUUUCUCUCUCAAACAACUGAAACAACUAGCUAUUUGAUCAUUUCUAUUGAAAGGAAUAGAGGAUACGAACCAACUUCAACUGCGGAAGGCGAUUGCUUUGUGUCCGGCAUUGUGCAUUUUUUCCUGGAGACACGUCACUUGUUCGUAAAAGGUACGUUGGAGCACCAUUUAUGUGUGUACUUCGGUGUAAAUGUUCAAUUGGUUUGAAUGCUGGAUAAUGAAUUAUUUAGAAUGUGAUGUGUUUAAAAUUCCUACACUGUUGCGGAUUCAGAUUCUCAUGAUGCUUUUAGGAAUGGGUAUUGUUCACAUGCGGGCGACUCGCCCCUACCGGUAGACAGCCACUGUAUGUGUGACUUUGACUUAUUUGUAGUAUUUGUGGUUUAUUUUAAACCAAUUCCCUUUCACAAUUAUUUAUUCAUAGUGUAUAUUCCUCAAGCUUAGCAAAUUCUCAGUUUAAUUCAAUGCACUGUAUUAUAAAGUGGUGGGUGCUGUCGUAAAGAGAAGCCGAUGCACAUUGCUCAAUGCGCUCAAUGUCAGGUCGGGCGUUUUUUCCCUCAUGGUAUUUGGUCAAUGGAUGGAUAGUAGGUCCACUGCAAUAGAUUGGAAUAUCAACCCGUUUUGGGGGGUGGCCUCUUGCUGUGAAGAGCAUUGUCUGGAGUUUGAAGAAUAAUUGUAGUUUAAAACAUGUUUUUUCUUUCUUUACUUAAAAAUAUUUGUUUAAUCGUUUAUUUAAAUAUUUGGUUUAUUAACAUGCUGCUAAAUCUAAAUAGUAGGUGUGUGACCUAUAUUUUAUUUAUGGUUGUCAUUAAUAGCUUUGCUAGUUCUAAUAAUAGACAAGUAGGUUAAUUAUAGGCAAAGUGUACUGAAAACGAAUAUAACAUUUUCUUUAUUCAAGUGCAAUAAAUUGUCUGCUGGUGCAGGCAAGUUUGUCAUUAUUGAUUUCGUUCCUAUCGGUGACCUCCUUUUGUCGUGUUGUAAGUCAGAACCUCAGGCAUUCCAUGUGCCUGGCGAGGACGUUCGGCCGUCACGUGUAGCUUUUCUCUGGAACUUGGAACAAGAGUUAUUACUAGCUAUAAGUCUUGCAUUUGCACCCUUUCUAUGUCAUUAGUCAUUCUAUGUGAUAAAUAUCUGGUCAAAACUAGAUAUCUCAUGGAAUUUUGGCAUAAAGGAUAGUUAUAAUCAUGUUAUUACACAUCUAUAAGCAGUGCGAAGCAGUCUUUGGCUGGCUGAGGGGUGGAAUGGCAUAUGACAUAAUAGCUAUGCACUAGUAAGCUACACAGGAGAAUGAGAGGAGGAGAAUGCAUACAAUCAGGGAGUCUUUCAUGAGGGCUGGUGGAAAGUAUGCAGAAUUAAUUCAUAGACAAAGAUCUGCAAGCAUAUGCCUUGAUAUUUAAACAUUGGGAAUAUCACACACAUAUAUAUAUAUAUAUAUAUAUAUAUAUAUAUAUAUAUAUAUAUAUAUAUAUUCUAGAGCUAUUUGUAUUUGAUAGACCUGUUGCAAAGUAAAACCAGGUGUUGCCAAUCAAGACUUAUGCCCUGAGGUUUCCACUGGCCAUAUGUUUAACGUUUACCACUAGCCGAUACAGGAUUUCCCAGAGCCUAAGCAAAUGAUGUUACAGUCAUCUCUAAAUCAAUACAACUAUAUUUAUAUAUUUCUUGCAAAACCUGUACUAAAACACUCAAGUCCUAUUUAGGUGUAAUUACACCAAUUAUAACAGGUGGUUUAAAUCAGGUAUUUUCCUCCAGUCUGUAUAAAGUUUUUGUUCCCAUGGGAUCAUAUUGGGACUAGCUCUAUUGCGUAAUUAAAAUAAUAAAUCAAAAACAGGACUUGUGUGUGUUGAGUUGGCCAACUCCGGGACAUGAUGCAAUAGAGGGAAACCCCUCAGCCGGCAGAGCAGCAGUCACUGUGAGAUUUUUAGGAUGCUGCCAGUUGGUCUGUUUACAAAACAGCCUUUCUUUCCCAGUCAUUUCAAUAUUGGUCAAACUAGUCUAACUCAGACUGGGGGAAAGCAGGAUGUGUGGAAAGACUCAGAGCUACAUUUUGGUCUACAACUCGGUUCACUGUAACGCCCUCCUAACACUUAAUCAGGAGGGCUUUUCUUUAACUUUGCCAUACUGCCUCUUUGACCGACUUCUAAUGAAGUGUGUACCUGCCUGGUAUGCGCUGGCCAUAUAACACUAGAAGGCACACAUUUUGGGGGUUCGUAGUACUUAGUUGACUCCUGCCGCUCCUAGAGUUAGCCUCUGUGGAAUCCGAAGUAGCUGAACACUUUGGCUGCCCGAUAGUGAAGUCACUUUUAGGGUACUUUAAUCUAGGCUUUAACCUUGAAGGGUGCAUGGAUUUACACCUAGCAAACAACACCCUCAUUUUAUUGCAAGUGAAUGGAGAGCAGAAGUCCAUGUUACAUUAUUACAGAUCUUUAUGGGUAGGAGUUAUAGAGUGAUUAGUGAGGUUUGGUGCCAACUUUGUUGGUCAAUUGGAACUUAUUGGCCUAUUCAAAUUAUGUUAAGUACAUCAUAAAUGGACAUUGAUAAGAACAUUAAUAAGGAACAUUGAACAUUAAUAAGGUGCAUUUCCCUAGAAGCAGACAGAAAAGAAGGAGGUAGCCUCGUCCCCAAGCCCAUGUGACAGAGAGGAGGACAUGCUUAUAUAGAACUCAGAGUUGACCUAGAAUGUCUUCCUAGAUUCUAGUUGCCUUUUCUUAGAAGACCUAAAAUGGAGGCGCCCUGACCGGCCUCUCCAGCACGCGUCCAUUUAUGUGGGUGGCUCAUCAUGUCUGGGAGAUGGAGGGAAAAAGGGAUGCUUUGCAUUACUCAGUCUUGCCUUUGGGGGGUCAAAGGUGAUGGUGAAACGCCUGAGAACUGCUUUGGCUGUGCUAACAUUUCCCAUCCGUCUUUAACAUCUCCCCCCAGCUAAACUCGCUGGUGGUGAAAUCCUGGCUGUGAGUGAGUCAUUCCUAGGGCUUGAUAAUUGUGUGGGAAGCAAGGGAGAUUCUGGCUUUUGAAAAUCUUCAAUGCUUUUUUCUUUGUAUUAUCCCUUUGGGAUGAUAAUUUGGCUAUAGCAUACAGUAUUUACUGCAAUAUUACAGAGAGAAUUCAACCUCAGUGGGUGACCUGUAGGUGUGGCUAAUAUUUAGCAUUAAACAAGCUCUGCUUUGUAAGCUUGUCACAAUGACAUUCAGAACACGAGCACAUCAGCCCGGUCGCUCACAGCUCUAUGAAAUAUGAUAUGUCGGAUUUUGGCAUGGAACAUGGGUGUGUGCCAUCUCUGACGUCAAUGCUUAUUUUUCUUUUAAAAAAUCAUAUUAAAAAACAAAUUGUCUCUAAUGCAUGCUGUUUAUCAUCUGCAUAGAGAUAGCCUAGAGUCUAGAGACCCCUCCCGGUGUCAAAGAGAGUAUCCAGGAAUUAAUGUUGCGUAUCACCAGGGGUUUUAUAAUCCGAUUUUGCGCUGCUGACGUAGGCUAUUCAAGUUUAAAAUAAAUAAAUAAUUACAUCGUACCGCAGUGUCUGUAAAAUUCCUCUCAUGUCGUGUCCACCAAUUGAAAUCCUCUAAGCCCUCCCCUCCAGCCUUCCUCCCCAAUACCCAUUCUCUAUCACUCUAUUUUUAGAGCGCACUAUAAUCCCUCCCCCUCUCUAUUUUCCUCCCUCUCCAGCUCUAUUUACCUAUUUUAUGGCACGCAGUCAAAGACAGAGAGCAAGCUCUGUUUAAAUCAAAUCACAUUUAUUUGUCACAUGCGCCGGAUAGAACUUUACCAUGAAAUGCUUACUGAUGAGCCCUUUCCCAACCAUGCAUAGUUAAAGAAAUAAGAAAAAUCAAAAUAAUAACGCGAGGAAUAAAAUACACAAGAAUGAAGCUAUAUACAGGGAGUACCAGUACCAUAUCAAUGUGCAGGGGUACGAGGUAGUUGCGGUAGAUGAAGAUGCGCAGCGCUCCGUUUCUAGGUCAGUGGGACAUGCAGUGCGCCCUCUUUCUCUCUCCCCCUCCCUCUUCCUCCCUCCCUCUCGCCCUUCUUUUGAUCGAUGCGUGGAAACAUUGUGACGUUCUAAUUUUCUGUUAUCUCUCGCUACUUUGUCUCUAAAACAUACUACAUCCUCUAGUAUUAUGUCUGGGCGAAAACCAAAACUGAGACAGACAGAAAGAUGGCUCAACUGGUGGCUGUGGUGAUUCUUUGGGGGGAAGAAAGACAGCAGAGCAAAAGAGGAGGGAAUUCCUAUCUGACUGUCUCCCACUGAAAAAAAAGACUGAGAAAAGUGUCCAGGAAGGUGUAACCACUAAGAAUAUUAUGCAAAUGAGGAAAGGAGGAAGCGAGCUGCCACUGUGAGAAAGAUAUACUGUAAACUAGUAUUAUUAUGUAAUACAAAGGUCAUACUCUAGAUUGUUAUGAUGAGGUUGAUGCUAGGUCAAGUUGUUAUAACGAGGUUGAAACUAGGUCUAGGUUGUUAUGAUGAGGUUGAUACUAGGUCAGGUUGUUAUGAUGAGGUUGAGACUAGGUCAGGUAGUGUAACCCAGACAAGCUCUAUAGCCAGAUGAAGUGGCUAGAAAGUACUCUACUUGUACUGAGUUCAGUUAGUGUGUCAGUGUCAGACGGAGUAGAGCCAGCUUUAGAUCAGAUCCCAAAAGUAAAACCAGACCUUAUUUAGUCUUACUUGAGCUAUUGUUAGAUAUAGUGGUGAUAGCCUGAUAGUAGCGGUAGCAAAGACCAGAAAUGAACGGAUGAAAUACCUAACAUUAGAAACAAUAUUGAAUCUAUAGAAAAAGAGAUAAGAAAACAAUAUCUGACCAAAAGCUUCUGUUACUGAUCUACAGGUUUUCCUGUCUGACCAAAAUUGGAAUCAAUAAGACAGCAACCAAUCAGAACAGGCCAUCAUGAUUACCUCAGCGUUCUGUUUGAUCUGUUAUCAGAAUCACAAACGGCAACGGACUCUGUCAAUGUUUUGACUGAUGCAGUCAUGUUGGCUUAGGGAGUUGCUUCAGAAAAAAAGAAACAAGGAGUAAUUGUAACACAGGAAUGACCUAGAUAGAUCAUUAGGUUGAAUCCGCACAGAUCUGUUUUUCUGGUGUAGAAAUAUACAAUCUAGAUAGGACACACCGUUCCAUGUUAAGUGAUGCAUUAUUAAUGUCUCUGAAUCAUCAGUGCAACAGAUCUAGAAUUAGCGCAUUUACGUUAUGUAACAUCUAGAUGAGUCAACUGAACUGCGUAUGCAGCAACACCACCGAGCGAUGUUGGUGACUUGUGAGAAAAGGGGAUGUUGAGCAAUGUUUCCCGUGGGUAGGGGCACAGAGUGCACUCGAUACAUACUAACCAACCGUGGUUGUGUAAUACCUGGCAGGCUCUCUAGCUGGCAUUUUAUAAAGUAACAGAGACCUUGGCUCUCUCCUCUGGUGUGGCCGUUGGGGAGUCACAGCCAGUUGAAUAACAAGUCACGUCUGUCUAUAUGUCAGCUUCAGUACCCACUGUUAUGACACACAGACAGACUAAGCAAUAAGUCACAAGUUAGUGAUUUGCAGAGGUGUAUCAUUCACCUACAUGUUUAGAAGUCUUUGAUAGAUUAUUAUAGAUAAUAUUGCCAUAAGAGACCAAUGUGACCUUACAGCCACAUUUACAAAUAGCACACCUGGCAACUGAUAAAGGUUAUAGAGGGACAUUAUUAGAAGUCGAUACAUAGACGGUUUGGCCUCCCUUCCCCGCCUUCCCUUUCUCCCUCCCUGAAUGCCCGUCACUCAGUAACUGCAGCCCUGGCACUAGGUCAGACUGGCCCUGUUAUGUGACUGUCUGGUGCAGCGCUGUUAUACAACACUAUACAGAGAGAGCUUUAGACACUGCAGCUCAGAACUUCCCUUACCCGCGCCGCCUGCCUAGCACCCUCCGAGCAGAGUUGACCGAUAUUCCUGUGAGUGGAGUGGAAAGGGUACCAGUCGUGCCGCUGCCCUACUCACCCUCCCUCUCUGUAUACAUCCGGGCUGGCCCACGUCAAUACCCCACCAUCUCCUCCACGGAACUCCGAUAAGGGUUACGUCUAGCAAAGUAAAGUAGUUUUGAGUAUGAGGGAUUGUGAAAGGUGAUCAAAAGGAAUGUUCAGAUGCAAAUCCAAGAUUAAACAUUUCUUACAUAAUGUAAUGAUUAUGUCAUAGUAGUGUCAGAUUUGCAGUUAUGAAGUCAUGUGAACUCAAGAAUACCCUGAACUAAUCGCAUCAUGAGUUUCUAGGACUGUACGUUUUGUCUAGAUCAUCACCAUUGUACAGUAACAUUGAAAUACAUUGAAUGCCUAAUGUAUGUCACAGUGGGAAGGCACAGUAUUUAUGGUAACUAAUUAAUCUUCUCUCUCAUAUUAUCUCUCUUUCUAUAGUGCGUUUCCUCGUGAGCGAUCUCAGCCUCAAAGGAAAAGUCUUCCAGUAGACGAACUGACCUAAUUCACUUCUACAUCCUAGAGACUUCAAGGAUUACAGAAGAACCUACUUCGAGCAGUUGAAACUCAAAUUUCACAAACUUUGUCACGUAAUUUAACCAAUGAGGUUCAGCCUUAGAGAAGCACAAAUACCUCACCCCGAGUUUUUCGCAGAUCCUGCGACUUAAAGAGAAAGAAAAUACAAAUAAGUUCUCUCUCCAACGAACUUUCGUCCUCUCCCUUACCCCCCUUUGCCCUUAAUGCCAGAUCACCAAUCUGGUCAAAAGGACUCAACAAUGGAAAGCCUGAAUCUUCACUUCGCAUCGCCCAACAACAACGACCUGGACAUAGACACAUACUCUAACUACAGCGAGAGCCUCCCGCCACUGUCUCCCAGACCCGGUGACGAUGAUGUCCCGCGCCGCCAGACCAAAGGCGGCUCAAAGAACAGCAUGUCCAGCCGUCGCAAGCGGGAGUUCAUCUCAGACGAAAAGAAGGACGCUUCCUACUGGGAGAAGCGGCGCAAGAACAACGAGGCGGCCAAGCGUUCCAGAGAGAAGAGGAGGAUGAACGACAUGGUGCUGGAGAACCGUGUGAUGGCGCUCAACGAUGAGAACAGCCGUCUGAAGACGGAACUCCUGCAGCUGAAGCUUCGCUUCGGCCUCAUCAGCACUGCCUCCUACAUGGAAAAGAGCCAGCAGCUCUCCAACAGUGGAAACGGGCAGUCCAGUGCUGGUAACCCCUACUUCUCAAGUAGCGGGUACUCCAGUGCCUGUGGUAACACUCUGCUGAACUCCGACUCGUCCGAAGCAGAACAGUCCACCAGAGGCGAACGCCACACCCCACUCCCAAAAUACUCCCCAAGAGGAUCCCUCUCCGACGGGUGCAUGUCUGACGACUCCUCCAGCCCUGAGCCCAUGGGUUAUGAGAUCAAGAUGGAGUCCAACGACACUGACAUGGAUGCUGGUCUCCCUACUGGGAUCUCUUUCAACGGUGGCCACCAACACAUGUCCCAAGAGGCCGACUGUGCCAUGGACUUCCACCACAACCACCAGAACAACUACCACCAGGAGUCUGCCAGCCCAGCACCCCAGCAGGCAGCGGCCCCAGCCCAGAGGAGCGUGAUCCAGAUGUACCGCUCCCCUAGCUCCUCCUAUAUGGAGAGCCAGAACCAGAGGCAAGCAGAGGACAUGGAACAACAACAGUCCCAGGCCCAACAAAGCAGGCAGUCCGACAACACAGAGACCAUCACAGAGGAGGUCCAAAGGUACCGAGCCCGCGAGGAGCAGCAAAGACAUCAGGAGACACAGAGAAGCCAGUACAGCUCUUAUCAGAACCAAGAUGGCGGGCACAAGGAAGGAUUCGCCCCAGAGCUCCUUCACCACAGUAGCGAAGAAGGCAACAAGUCAAGCCACUCCUCCAACCAGCGCCACCACAACAGCGCCUAUGUCAGUACCCUGGAUGAGGAGGAGCCCCCAGUGCUCACGUACGAGGGCGGCCCCAGGGCCGGAGAGGGCUACUACACAGAGUCCCACCCUGGGAAAGACACUUCAUCCAGUGAUGGUGACCAAAGGAGCUCAGACAAAGAAGGUGGUUCCACCAGCGAUGAGGAGUCACCGUCAUCUUCGUCUUCCGAGGUCGGAAGCUACAACCAGAGGGCGACAUCACAGACGUCGGCGCCACAGAGUCAGAGCGGAGACGAUCAGGCCACCUACCUGCCCCACAAGCUCCGCCUGAAAUACAGAGCACUGUCCAAUCAGGGGGAGGCUCCAAACAGUAGCCCCGCCUCCUCCACAUCCCCCUCACCCUCUCAUCCCCAGCAUCCCUACCUGGCCCUGCCUAGCAACCACCAACAUGGCAGCCAUAGCAACGGGGAAAGCAAAGAGGCAGAGAACGAGUCAGAGUUCUGCUAGCAGCGGGAAGCAAGAGAAAGAGAGGAGGUGUGGAAGGAACGCAAAAAGGGAUCCAGCGCAGGGAGGAAGAAUAAGAGGUGUGAAUAAGAGAGCACCAAAGACUCUUUGAGAUACUGUGACCAACAACCAACCUCAGUUCUGCCUCAUCAUCAGGUGUCUCUCUCCUGGUCACCACUAUGCCAACAGACAGUCCACUUCGAUGAUAAUAAUAACAAGGACAAACAAACUGAUGUUCACAAUCACCACAGACAGAUUCAACAGACUUGGUUCACUGUGUCACCAUGUUUUUACAUGGACCCUUCUCCUUCCCUCACUCCAUCAUCAAUCCAAUCCAUGAACAAUGAUAAUAAUAGAUCACUUAUUGGUUCAGCAAAGGUGGUGGAGUGAAAAGAAUGAGGGGAAUGGAAUGGAUGGAACUCACAUUUCUGUGAUUCUGUUUCCUUCGGGAAAAUACAAACAUUACAUCACAAUGGAAGGUUAGAAUGAACGUUGGAAUGGAAGGCUGUUUUCAGGCUCUGGUUUGAACUCUCAAGUGGCCCAUUUCUUUGUGGGUGGUAAGGCAUUCUGGGAACAUUCCCAUGACCAAAGAAACACGUCCACCCCCCCGACAAUGAGUUCCAUUCUUCCUCCCCACCAACAAAACAGCUGUACCAGUUUCCAUUACUCCCUAAACCCCUAUCCCUGCUUUAUGCAGAAUAGGACACCCAAUCAUUUUUCAAGCACUUGGAUUGUACAUAACUGUGAUAUAUAACAUGUACAUAUAUUUAAAUAUAUUUUACAAAGAAAAAAAAGAAAAACAACAAAAAAUAACAAGGAGAAAUGGAAGUGGAAAGGAAAAGCAAUCAGUUUGUCCUUGUGAGAAAGUUUUUGUACAGUCCGUUCUCAAUGUCAUUGAAAUGCCUCAAGUUAUUUUCUUUAAAGAUGUCUGUAUGAACCACCGCUUUAAGAAACUCUUUAUUUUAGAUUCCAUGUCACUAGAAAAUGCCUGGAGCAACCUAAUGUCAAUUUACCUUUUACUGACCUCUUACACACAUACAGAAAGCCCUUGUCAAGGCCAGUUACGAGCAUAUCACAAGACUACACACUACACUUUUUGAAUGGUAAAACCAUGAAUACAAAAGCACAGUGCAAUCCAGAGCUCAACAAAUUCUCAAUUAAUUAGACUUACUGAUCAUAGGAAUCAAGUAGUAAGUGCACUUGAGAAGCAAUGGGGAAACUGCUCUCUUCUCACUCAAAGGUGCUUCUACUUUUCAUAGGCCUAUAGAACCAAUCCCCAAUCUUGGCCUUUACAUUGAGUUGCUUUAUCAGCUGUGGAUCAAACAGGCUGUACUAGUUAAACGUCUCACAUCCACGUGCCUGCCUACUGGCCGUUCUGUAUAAAUGUAAAGUUCUCUAUCUCUCUUGGAUACUGUUAUUAUUAUUAUUUUAUUAUGUUAUUAUUAUAAUUGUGAUUCUUUUCUAUUUUAUUCAGUUAUUUGGGGGGUUACUGUGUGUUUUUCCGUCCCCUGGUAUCUUCCUGAUUGUGAUACUGUAAUGUAUGUAUUUCACCCAUGUCCCUAUCCCUUGACAUUUGUACUCUGUGAUAUUGUUCAACGUUUGUGGUUUGCCGGAUGGUUAAGGAAAUUGAUUGUCCAGAAAUGGAUAAUGCAAUGGUUAUAAUGACAACAACUCAUUUCGAUUGUUGAAAGAUUGAAAAGAUUGAAAAAUAAAAGGAUGUUG